GACGGAGUCUCCGGGACCAUCGCCACCCUCAAUGAGCUGCACGGGGGAUCAAACCACCCGAGCGGCUCGAAUUUGCAGCCCAGCGCGGCGCAGUUGGCGUGGCUGGAGCGGAUCGAGCAGGCGCAUCGCGACCUCGGUACGCCCCCGGCCGACUUGCAUGGACAGGGAGCCCUGGAGGAGCUCCUGUCGAAGCAGAGCUACGGCGGUUCCGCCGGAGCUGUUGCGCCCCUCGAGGUGGAGCGGGUGGCCUUGCCCAGUCUCCAGCGCCGACCUGCUCGCAUCCAGGAUGUUGGCGGCUCGGCGGGCGUGAAGGUUCUCGAGGUCCUCAAGAGUUUGGUUCGGACGUCCGAAGAGGGCGAAGCAGAGGAGGAGCGACAGCAGCUGCGGCGCGCCUACAACGACCCGCUGAUCAGACAGAAGCCGAAGGAGUAUGCUAAGCUCCUGCGGAUGCUGCACGAGCGGGGCAUCGUCGAAUAUCGGCGCAGCUGCAAAAAGAGCGCGGGCACAUUUUGCGCAUGGAAGAAGGGGGGCGAGCAGCGUCUUAUACUGGAUUGCCGCGUGAGCAAUUGCUGGUUUAAGGACGCCCCUGGAGUGAGCUUGGCUACUGGAGACAGUUCUGGUCGGCUAGAGUUCGAGGGGAACGAGCCGGUGCACGUGUCGGGAGUCGACAUCGAGGUCGCCUUCUACUCCAUCGGCCUCCCCGAGGAGCUGCGGGAGUACUUCGGGAUGGAGCCUGUCUGCGCCGGCGCCGUCGGCGUGGGCUGGCUUGGCGGAGUGCGGCUGCAUCCUGGGGAGAAGCUGGUGCCCGUGCUGAGUGCCCUCCACGAGGCCGUGGCCGAGGGGGUCGCGGGCGUUGAGGGGGGCAACCGGCCGGUGGACGGGAGGCCAGCGCCUUCCGUUGCCCGAGGGCCGGUUCACACCGAGCACGUGGACAAUUUCGUGGCGCUGGGCGCCGACGGCGAGGAGGGGCGCCGCAUGGCCACCGAGGUCGGCGAGGCGCUGACGGCCGACGGGCUUGGCGUGCACCCGGUGACCUGCAGCCGCGGGGGGGACACGCUCGGCUGGCACUUCGAUGAGUGGCGGCCGGCCGUAGGCGUCGCCCCUCGCACCGCCCGGCGCCUCAUCCUUGGCUUGCGAGAGUUACUGCGACGGGGUCGUGCGAGCGGCGCCCAGUUGAGAAGCAUCGUUGGUCACAUCAUGUGCCGCGUCUUGCUCCGACGACCCAUCCUUUCUGUACUUCACACUGUCUACGCUUUUAUCGAUCGUCAUCCUGUUCGGGUUGCGCCUCUCUGGGACACAGUAAAGCAGGAGCUGGAGUGGACAAGUCGCCUGGUGCCCCUGGCCUCGAGAGAGCUCAACAUGGAGUGGAGCCCCAAGGUCACCGUGUUCGACGCGAGCGAGUGGGGGCACGGGGUGAUGGAGCGGCGAUGCGAGCUCGGAGCGAUCAAGUAUGCUGGGCAGUACUCUGAUAGGCCUUGGAACGUCUCGGGGGACCACGUGAUCUUGGAAGCUCGGGCCGGCGCGUGGGCCCUUCGUCACAUUCUUCGGGACAGCCGUGCUAUAGGACGCAGACACCUCGUUCUCAGUGAUGCCAUGGCCGUUGUGCUCGGUGUGGCAAAGGGGCGGAGCUCGAGCCGGGCCAUGGGGCGCUGCCUUAGGCAGUGGGCUGCCCUGUGCCUGGCCAGCUUUGCCGUCGUCCACGUCGCUGGAUCUGCUCCGAGCGGAACGCGGCGGACGGCGCCUCGCGGGGCUCUGAGGGGCGCAGCGCCGCGGCUGCCCGGCAUGCUGAGCCGCGGGCCGACGGAUCGACGGCUCGGGAGCGCCUCGCUCGCCACGACCUCAGCGGCUUUGAGUUCGUGGAUCCCGUCACCGGCGGCUUCAUCGGCUGCGAGGGGACCGAUAGCUUCGUCUUCCGGCCGCCGCCUGGGCUCGCUCACCCCAGCGACCCGAGCGGGGGUGAAGAGGAAGGCGAACGGGAGCCUGGGGGAGGCGAGGCGGCGCCGCCGGCAGGCCGCAAGCAGGGCCGCUGGCGCGAGCUCGGCCGCGCACCAGCUCGCGGGCGCCAGCCGCGAGGUUGCCGCCGACGGCAGGCGGCGGGCGCUGCUGGGGCCCGGGCUGACGCAGCUGGAGCGGGGGGUGCCCCCGGGGGCGCGCGCGCUGACGGUGCUGGAGGACGAGGCAGUGGGGCCCUCGACGCAGAAGGACUACCGCCACCGCUUCGGCUGUUUCACGCGCUGGGCCUCGGAGAAGGGUCUCAUCUGGGAGACUCCAGCCAAGGCCGACGCGGCGCUGGUGGAGUGGCUGAACGAGCAGUUCUUCGAGGGCGAGCCCCUGGCGACCGGCACGAAGAUGCUGGCGGCGCUGGGCCACCUGCUCCCGGGGGUGCCCCGUGGGGCGCUGGAGCUGCGACGCUCGCGGCGGGCGCUCCAGGGCUGGAGGCGUCACAACCCGUCCAGCUCGCGCCUGCCGCUGCCGUGGCCUGCGGUUGCUGCCUCGGUGAAGGAGAUGCACGCGCAGGGGCAGCUGGCGGCCGCAGGGGCCACCCUUGUGGCGUUCGUGCUGCUGCUGAGGCCGGCGGAGACGCUGAGGUUGGCGGGCGGCUGCCUGGUGGCUCCGGUGCGAGGCGGAGGCCGCAGCCGCCGCAAGUGGUCAGUGGUGCUCCACCCCCAAGAGAGAGGAGUGACCUCGAAGGUGGGGGCGCAGGACGAGUGCAUGGUGUUCGACAACCCCGAGUUCGACCUGGUGCUGCCGCUGCUGGAGUGGCUGCUCAAGAGCGUGCCGGUCGGGAAGCCUCUCUUCCCGCUGAGCGCGGCCCAGUGGCAGGAGGCCCUGAGGGCGGCGGCCAGGCGGCGGUUUCCCAGCCUCGCCGCGCCCACGCUAUACCAGCUCCGGCACGGCGGCGCGCCCCACGAGGCGCUCACGCAGUUCCGCAGCUCGGAGGACCUCAUGCGCAGAGGCAGGUGGCACAGCCAGCACUCCGUGAAGCGGUACGAGAAAGGAGGGCGCGUCAACCAGGUGCUGCAGUCUCUGACGGCGGAGGAGCUCAACGCGGCGCUGGAGGGCUUCGCGCUGGAGAUCUUCGCGGGCAGCGGGCGCCUCAACCACUGUUGGAGGCAGCAGGCGCCCUGGGGCCUGCCCAUCUUCGAGAUCGACGUCGGCUUCCACAGCUCACACGAUCUCAGCCGCAGAGCAGCUCAGCGUCUCAUCCUGGGCUGGAUCCGCUCGGGGUGCUGUAAGGCGAUCUGGCUGGGAACGCCCUGCGCGACCUUCUCGCGGGCGCGGGACUCCGGGGCCGGGCCGCCUCGGCUGCGCUCGGAUGAGCAGCCGCUGGGCCUGGACGGGCUGUCGGAGGGCGACAGGGUGAAGGUGGAAGUGGCGAACGAGCUCUGCCGCUUCUCCGCCAAGGCCCUCCUGUGCUGCCUCGAGCGGGGCGUGCCGGCGGCGUUGGAGAACCCCGCGUCGCCCCGCCCGUGGCUGACGCCCUACAUGCAGGCCGCCGGCCAGCG